UACAUUGACCACCUUCCCACUUUGCUUUUUUUACACUAAUAAAACAUCCACUAUUCAUAGAUUGUUCCCACCCACUAAGCAGCCGUGGAAAGCUUUGAUUGGAAGAAAGCGUCUCACAUCGGUAGAAUGGGCACUGACAGCGCAACUCACUCGCUGGCUAAGGGGGGUGUAAGGGUCUGAGGGUGUCUCUUUUGGCCGGCUGCACCUGUCCUAGCUAAUGAGGGGCUAAUGAGACUCGGAGUAGGCAAGCAAAAAAAGGAAGUCUUCUGAAGAGACGAUGCAAAGAUUCCCCACCUCCUCCUUCCGUGCACAACCUUCAUUUUUCAAACUAUUAGACUGUGAACUGGAAUACUCAUCUGUAGCAGAGCUGCUGUGGACCAUGAAAUGUUACCAACAUAAAUCACAUUAGGCUUAUUAACCAGUUUGUAGGCACUCCAUCAGAGCCCUCCCUGCCUCAGGCCCUGCACUUUUACUUCCCCCUUUUGUGGCUGCGCUCUCCUCCCAGCACACUAAAAUAAGGUUGCUUCAAGAAGAGAGAGAGAAGUGAGGACUUAUUAGGAACGACACAGACAUCAAAAAAGUUGCGCAACGGGCCAAAAAGUGGCCCUUGGAUGGAGAACUUUAAAACUAAAGCAGUGGGGGCCGAGUGUGUAUGUGAGGGGGGGGGUAUGAAAACGUAUUAAAUGCUAUAAUGGAAGACGGGGAGGCCACAGAGCUGGGAUUGCGUAGAUCUAAGCCUCUUUUUUUCUGGGAAGGGAGCUUUUCUUAUUCAAAACAGCCCCACAAAAGACUUCCAGUGAGCCUUGCCACAUCCCCAUCUGACUCGAAGCCAUUCAUCAGCCUGCCGAGCCUAUCAAUGACAUAUCCCCCAUCAGGGCUCCUAUAAAAUCAGCCCCUUUCCCAUGAAACAUCAGCAAACAUUUUGACGGCUCUGGCUUUUCCCCCGCUGGAUCGCUGGAGUCUCUGACCCCCCCACCCCAUCCACCCACCCACUCCUAGAACCCGCACCCCACCUCCAUCACCGCCACCCUCACCACGGACCUCACAUCUUAUGCAUCUCUGCGACGGGCAGUUCUCUCGGAGAGACAGAGGGAGCUGAGGAGGGGGAGUCCUGCACGGAGCCAUUUUCUCAGAGGAGCCCCUGUAACGUGCAUGGGAAGAGGAUGCAUUGUGGGCUACUGGAAGAACCUGACAUGGAUUCCACAGAAAGCUGGAUUGAAAGAUGUCUGAACGAAAGCGAGAGCAAGCGAUUUUCCAGCAACACGUCUAUCGGAAAUAUGUCCAACGACGAAAACGAGGAGAAGGAAAAUAAUCGAGCAUCUAAACCACAUUCAACGCCUGCCACAUUACAAUGGUUGGAGGAGAACUAUGAGAUCGCAGAAGGUGUUUGCAUCCCUCGCAGUGCACUUUACAUGCACUACUUGGACUUCUGUGAAAAGCACGAUUCUCAGCCAGUCAACGCUGCUAGCUUUGGAAAGAUAAUACGACAACAAUUCCCUCAGUUAACCACACGAAGACUGGGAACCAGAGGCCAAUCGAAGUAUCACUAUUACGGCAUCGCUGUGAAGGAGAACUCCCAGUACUACGAUGUGAUGUACUCCAAAAAAGGCGCUGCAUGGGUGAACGAAACGGGCAAGAAAGAGGUCACCAAGCAGACAGUGGCGUAUUCACCGCGCUCCAAGCUGGGCACUCUCCUGCCAGACUUUCCAAAUGUCAAAGACCUAAAUCUGCCCGCCAGUCUGCCAGAAGAGAAGGUUUCAACAUUCAUAAUGAUGUACAGAACUCACUGCCAGAGGAUAUUAGACACAGUCAUACGUGCCAACUUCGAUGAGGUCCAGAGUUUCCUGCUACACUUUUGGCAGGGUAUGCCGCCCCACAUGCUGCCCGUCCUAGGUUCAUCCACGGUGGUGAAUAUAGUCGGUGUGUGUGACUCCAUCUUGUACAAGGCCAUAUCAGGGGUUCUCAUGCCCACCGUCCUACAGGCAUUGCCUGACAGCCUCACUCAGGUGAUCAGGAAGUUUGCCAAACAGCUGGACGAGUGGCUCAGGGUGGCGUUACAUGACCUGCCGGAAAACUUGCGCAACGUAAAGUUCGAAUUGUCAAGGAGAUUUUCACAGGUACUUAAACGACAAACAUCAUUAAACCAUCUUUGCCAGGCCUCUCGAACGGUGAUCCACAGUGCAGACAUCACAUUUCAAAUGCUGGAGGACUGGAGAAAUGUAGAUCUGAACAGCAUCACUAAACAGACACUUUAUACAAUGGAAGACUCUAGAGAGGACCAGAGAAGACUUAUCAUCCAUUUAUAUCAAGAAUUUGACAGACUCCUUGAGGAUCAAUCUCCUAUCGAGGCUUACAUUGAAUGGCUGGACUCUAUGGUGGACAGAUGUGUCGUGCGGGUGGCAGGGAAGAGACCCGGAUGUCUGAAGAGGGUAGCUCAGCAGUUCCUGCUCAUGUGGUCGUGUUUCGGGACUAGGGUUAUCCGCGACAUGACGCUGCAUAGCGCACCUAGCUUUGGCUCAUUUCAUUUGAUCCAUCUCAUGUUUGAUGAUUACGUGCUAUACUUGCUCGAGUCUCUGCAUUGCCAAGAGCGAGCCAAUGAACUCAUGAGGGCUAUGAAAGGGGAGGGCACACCAGCAGAAACCGGAGAGGAGCUGAUGCUGAUGGGCUCCACCCCCACAUCCACAUCACCCGGACCCUAUUCCCCUGCCAAAUCCGUUCAUUCUGUGGGAGCACCAGCGGUGGGUUCCCCCAAUUCAGCCCAGUCACCGGACUAUCCCAACGUUCCUGCUACCACAGGAGCUGUUCAGUCAUAUACCUGGUCCCUUACAUACACAGUGACAACCUCAGGGGGCAGCCCACCUGAGACCGGACCACAGCUUUCCUGUAUGCGAGGCGGACCCACCGUACACACCCCCUCCCCUGCCCAUCGGAUGCCGGUUUACCCACAUCGAGAUGAGCAUGGGUAUACUGGCAGCUAUAAUUACAGCAGCUACGCAAACCAACAUCAUCACGCCAUCCAGAGUCAAUACUCAAGUCUGACGCACGAGUCAGGAUUGCCUACCCCUCUGCACUAUUCUUCAUACCACCGUACCUCUGCACAGUACCCACUCAACAGUCAGAUGUCCCGAAUGGAGUCGUGUUUGAUGAGCGGCUCUCCACUCUUACACACAACCCCAGUGACCCCUCGCUGGCCAGAUGUGCCCUCGGCCAACAGCUGCUAUUCUAGCCCUGCUGUCCACACUUCUCGCUAUGGCUCCACCGGAGACGUGUAUUCCCCACUGGCCCCACGCAGGAACUCUGAAUAUGAGCAUUCGCAACAUUUUCCGGGAUUUGCCUAUAUAAACGGUGAAGCCACGACGGGGUGGGCAAAAUGAUUUUUGCCCUUCCCAAGUUUUCAACCAGGACUACAGGAGUGCACCGAAAGAUGUGUGCAUGUAGAAAGUUGGAAGGACAAACGAGUGGUGACCCGUAUUUAACAUGAUUACAGGAGAGAAUGUAUGAGAUUGUGUCUCAGAGGUCUGUUUAAAGAUGUGAUCAGUGUUUACAGUAUAACCUGCCAAUGAAACUCUAUGAAGCGCAAUCAUUGUAAGAGUGCAAAAAGCCAGUAUCCCAAGUGUGCCUUCACCCCUCUAUUUCUCAUUUAUCUCCCUUAAGAGUGUUAUAAAGUUUCUCUAUGUUACUGUGCAGACCAAGCUGUUUGACGUAACAUUACCUUUAUCAGACCUUGUUAACGUCAGUUCAAAAUAUGCUGGCUCUUUGAAGUAAACAUCAUCAAUUCUCAACAGCAAGAGGAAAGAGAAAUAAAUGGCUUAAUGUUUGAUCCCAGAACACUUUUUGGCCACCUGCCAGAAUGUGUAGACGUCAGCAGAUAAAACAAAUAAUGGUCACUAAUGUGUUGCAUGCAUAUAUGAAGAUCCCACCGAAUGCCGUACAACUCGGCAACUUUGGCUUGUGCUCUUUGUUACAGGCUGAAUUCAUCGUGGGAGAAUAUUAGAGAUCUUUUCUGUAGCUUUGUAACAUUGUGUCCCUUUGCAUUGUUUAUCUGUGUUUGAACUGUAUAUCCAGUUUUGUAUAAUUUAGAAACCGACAAAAUUUUAACCUAGGUUUGUGUGUUUUUGAAUGCACUCAAAGGUACUAUGGACCUAUUACCCUAUGGGUAGGAAUAAAAAGAGGAACAAAUAUGUAACAUUUAUUAUCUUUAGUCACUUUCUCUUGUAAAUAAAAGCACUCAGUAACUUCUGUGGUGACAGCUGUUACCAUGUAAAUGAUAUAUGUGGAAUUAUUUGGUGCCACAUAAAGAUUUUUUAAAAUCCAA